AUGUCUCGCUCCUCCUCCCCUGCACAAGAUUCUGCUUCUCCUGCUGCUCACGAUGCCGAGCACGACGAAAGUCCGGCUCCCAAAGACGGGUCUCAGCCUCCAGAGCAUGCUGCAGAGAAGUCGCAAGCUGCGUUGGACGAAGAGGCCUCACCUUCGCGCGCGACGUCUACCUCUCCCUCAGCCACAGGCGCUGCCUCUGCCUCCCACUCUGCCGAACCUCAGCCUGCAACAUCCUCAGCGACCCCUUCAGCAACCUCAGGAACAUGGCAGGCUGUAUGGUCGCCCCAGCACAGCGCGUACUACUUCUACAACUCAGUCACCCAUGAGACGACCUGGGUGAACCCCCUGGAGCAGCCAAACGCGGAAGCCGGACCGUCUAACGCGGCGCCCGCCUCGUCGACGUCUGAGGCCACCCCAGGGCCCUCUUCAGCAGUUGAUAUCUACGCGGCAGCGGCAGCGCUAGGCAUUGACCCCGCCCUCGCACAUCUCGACCCCUCCCUGGCCGGGGGAAGCGCCGCACCCGGCGCAAACACCUAUACCGCGAAGUUUAACGCCCGCACAGGAGCGUUUGCGCGCCCGGACGCCCGCGACCCAUCGCAUCUGUCCGAGUUUGAGCGGUCGAAGCGGAUGAGCGAGUUCUACUUCGACGUCAACGCGUGGGAGAGCGAGGUGGAAAUGCGUAAGCUCCAGGAGGCACAGGAGGAGGAGAGCCGGAAGCGCAAACGUCCGACGAAAAAGGACAUCGAGCGCUACAAAGACCAGAAGAAGCAGAAGAAACUGGCGAAGACGGCUUGGCUGCGUACAUGACCGACUGCUGUAUCCCUACGUACUCCAUACACGGUGAUUGUGCUCUGAGAUUGAUCC